AUGGAGACAGAGGAGGUAGACACCUCUGCGGACGUGGGGCGUGACCUGCCUACGAAAGGGGGAGGAGGAAAGGGGGAAAGGGCGGAGGGAAGCGAGAUUGGUGCCAUUGACGAGGUUUUGCAAGUUGACCAGAUCGGCCAGAUCGAUCCCAUCGAUCCCAUCGAUGACGUAAGCGUUUCAGGCAGCCCAGGAAAGACCACCCUCCCCGGAGAGGAGAAAAUCGGGGGAAAUGACCCCUUCCACGCAGGGGGAAUAAAAAUCGGCAUAAACAAGAAGGACUACGAUCUGUAUAUUAACCAGCUGAAGGAUACAGGUUCCAAGGAUGUAGUAAAAAAUAACGGUGGACAAAUGAGAAGGAGUAACAAUGGAGACAAAAACAACGAAUGCGACUUGGAUUAUUACGACAUGAAGCAGUUAGACGGAAAUUCUAUGGAAUUUUUCGAUGACGGAGACGCAUGUAACAAAAGAACAAUAAACACCAUUAUAAGUAGGACGGACAGUGACCUCACCAACGCUGAGGAUAUGCUGAGCAAAAUUAAUGACAGCAGUACCAUCUACAUGAGUAAUGAAAACAACAUAUGUCUCGUGAACAAUGAAGCAGGGGCAGGAGCAGAGGCAGGGGCAGGAACAGAGGCAGGGGCAGGGGCAGAAGCAGGAGCAGAGGCAGAAGCAGAGGUAGAAGCAGAGGUAGAAGCAGAGGUAGAAGCAGAGGCAGGGGCAGAAGCAGAGGCAGAGGCAGAGGCAGAGGCAGACAUUACUGACCACACCAACUUCAACCCUAAUUUCGAGUUCGAUGAGAUGAUAGGUGCAACCGAUAAGACGAUCUAUGUAGAGAAUUGCGACCACGUUAAUUUUUUUAAAAAUGGAGAGACAGACCAGAUGGGGUUCAAGAAUGGGGAGUGCAAGGCCGUCGAGGAGAGCGCCUUCCACGAGGGUGCAAGCGAGCAAGGCAGUGUGCAUGGUAGCGUGCAUGGCAGUGUGCAUGGUAGUGUGCAUGGUAGUGUGUAUGUCAGUGUGUAUGUCAGUGUGUAUGUCAGUGUGUAUGUCAGUGUGUAUGUCAGUGUGCAUAGCAGUGUGCACAGGAGUGAGCAAGACUGCCAGCAUAUAAGUGAGCAUAGACGCGGCAACUUGGUGGAGGAAGAAGUCACCCCAGAGCUGAAUAACUUAAUGCCUCUAAACACCGCUCAACCCUUUGAGGGAAACGAACAGCAAAGCGAAGAUGACCAUUUGUCGAGCCUAGUGAACCCCAGUUUUUGUGAUCAAACUCACCUGAGCAAACUACAAGAAGUAGUACAUAGCACCUACGCCUUUUUGGACAAUGAAGAACUAACAAUAAAAUUCAAAAUGUUGGUGCGGCGACCUCAGGAGGGGGUCCUCCUCCAGUGUACCAACUUGACGGCCAAGUAGAUGGAGAGGAAAAUGGAGAGGAAAAUGGAGAGGAAAACGGAGAAGAAAACGGAGAAGAAAACGGAGAGGAAAACGGAGAGGAAAAUGGAGAGGAAAACGGAGAGGAAAACGGAGAGGAAAAUGGAGAGGAAAACGGAGAGGAAAAUGGAGAGGAAAACGGAGAGGAAAUGGAGAGGAAACGGAGAGGAAAACGGAGAGGAAAAUGGAGAGGAAAACGGAGAGGGGUCUGAACUGUCAAGUCCCCUUAGGGAAAAAAGCACAAGAAAGAGGAAAAAGAACGACGAAGAAGAACUACGUAAUGAUUCUAAAGAUAAAAAAUUUUUGUUCCGAGAGAGGGAGCAAAAUAAUGUGGACAUGAGUAGCGACUAUCAUCACCUGUAUGAGGAGACUCACAAGGACAUGCCUGAGGAGUGUCUGCACAUGAGCGAUGGGGAGAAGAAGGGCCCCGGCGGGUGCAGCGUUCGAAGGACGAGCAACAGCAGCGGUAGCGGUGGCGCCAACGGAAACGGCAACAGCAGCAGCAACAGCGGCAACGUGGCUUGCUCCAGUGGAGAGACGCUUCCGUCGAACGUGGCCUUGAACAGCUGUGGAGAGAAAGACGUGGAAAAGUAUGCCAACCAGGAGCGAACCUCACCACAGGAGGGGGGGCAAACAUAUGAUAUGCACGACGAGACGCUUGCAGCGGCCAAAAAGGUGGUUAGACGGGUAGGAAGGAAGAGUAAAAAUGGUGCCAGUAAGUCUGGAGAGUCGAACAGUGAUGCGAAGGGGAGGGCACGAAUCGGUUUGAGGCCCUCUGAUGGGUGUGACUUCGAUGCCACAGCAGAGUGCGCAGCGGACGAAGACCACAUGGAUGACCCGAGCUGUGAUGUGAGCCGUGAUGCGAAUCGUGAGGCGAACCGUGAUGAUUCGAAACAUAACGGAGAAGAGGAACAGUCAAAUGGCAACUGCCGAGGAAGGGCAAAGCAUGGAAGUACGAAUGAGACCUACGCGAGGAGGCCCCUCAGAAAUGCUGCCAAGAAAUGCAUUCACCUAUGGUCGGAGGAGUUAAAGAAAAAAAGCGAAAAGCAUAAUGCCGCACUGGAGAGGAGUAAAAAUAUGAGCGACCAAAGAAAGGAAGAGAGGGCCCUUCGGAGAAAAGAGAAGGUAAUAAAAAAUGGAUCUAAGGUAAUCCCCAGGGGAGGAUUGGCGAAAGGAUAUGGUGGUAGAGGUUGGGCCAGAGGGGAAGCCAAAAGGGAGAUAAAGUUUGCCCAGGAUGAUGCGAACGGGAAUGAUCCUGCGGAGGAAGAGGAGGGGGAAGAAGCAGAGUAUGAGCAGGAGGAGGAAGGAGAAGAAGGAGUCGAGGGAGAGGAAGAAGGCGCCGGAGGAGCGAACGGCAAAGCGUACUGUGAAGAAGCACAGGAAGGACAUGAAGCACAGGAAGGGCAGGAAGCACAGGAAGGACAGGAAGCACAGGAAGGACAUGAAGCCGCUCACCGACGGGCAAGGGGACGACCAGCCCAACGAACAGGAAGCCACACCGAUCCGAAGGUACGAGAAAGGAACCAAGGAAAUGAAGCUUACGGGAGUGGUGAAAUAAAGUCCGACCAACUAGCCAAUGAUACAAACGAAAGAGGAACAAAAGGAGGAAGGAAAAAAAAUCACUUCACAUCGUUAGGACAGGAACAGGAAAAUAUUCCAAUUCUUUUCAAUGACUCAAUGGAUGAAAGGGAAAUGUUCAAAUAUCUCGACCUGUUGCGACACUUGCCAAGCAAGAAGGGAGGUGCACAAUACAAAUUGCAUAAGGCUAUAUUAACAGAGGAGAUGGUUAGGAGGGCAAAAAAAUUCCCACUUGUGCAGGGAGUAUACUUCGAUAGGUACCAACAGAGAUGGAGUGUCAAUUGGAAUGAGGAUGGAAAGAGAGUGGCGAAGUAUUUCCCUAUUAAAUUAUUUGGGUUCGACUAUGCACGAAGGUUGGCCAUUUAUUGUAAAAACUAUCAGAAGAUCCCUGAGGAGGCACUCAUAUUUGAGCAGGCCUACCGGGCAAGCCAACAGAGCAACAAACACAGGAAUGAUCAUUCGGAGAGUGUCAGUGGGGGGGCUGCAGGGGGUGUUAGCGUUGGGAUGAGCGAGAUUGGGAGUGGAAACGGGAGCGGGAAUGUCAGUAUGAAUGGCAGCAUCAACGGAGGGGGAGGAAAAGUCAGACGAGGAGGACCGAAGAAAGGUUACAAAAAGAGGGGACUUCGAAAGCAGGACAAUUCUAAUGAAGACAAGUCGAGCAGCGGCUAUGGGAAGAGGAGAAAAAAUAUUAACAUCUAUCAAAGUGGGGAGGGGUGCAGCACAAUGAAUGAAGGUCCGGGGAACAACGGAGGCGGCAACCGUGGCCCAGGACAGAUCCCCUCAGCGAGUAACUAUCCCCUGUGUAGCAAUUACUCCGGCAGUGCCAAUAGCGGUGUCAGCAGCUGUGUUAGCAGCGGUGUUAGCAGCGGCGUCAGCAACGGUGUCAGCAGCUGUGUUAGCAGCGGUCCCCAUAGCAAUGAGAAAAGGGACUCCAGUUACAGAAGCGACGGCGGCGCGAAGGAGAUGGAGCGCAGCGGCCAUCCCAAGGUGGCUCCCUACUUUCUCGGUGACAGCCCGCCCGGUUCGCAAGGCGUCGCGGAGAAGUACGCCGGCGGGUUCAACCGCCCGCACAGCCAGCACAGCCAGAACAACCAGCACAGUCAGCACAACCUGCAUAGCAUCUGGGGAGGCCUCGGAAACAUGAACGCACCCUCCGCAGCGAACGAUGGUGAUCUGGCCAAGCAAUACGUACAGGGGUACCUUUUCGAGGGCGACUCCCUCCUGUGCGACUUCCAAGAUGGCAGGAACGGCAAGCACGGCCAUCCGAGCAGCGGCCAUCCAGGUAGCGGCCACCCCAGUAGUGAUCUUCUGAGUAGUGUCCUCCCGAGUGGGGCCCCUUUUGGCAGUACCCCGAACAAACCAGGUGAAGGGUCGAAUGGUGUGAACCCCAACACGGGCCACGUGAAGGAAGAACAGAAGAAAAUCACAGGUAUCGAUGCUAGUGCUGAUCGAACAGACGUGGAGAGCAUGAUGCUCAUGAGACAGAGGAUGAUAAUGCUUGAGCAGGGAAGAGCAGCGAAUGGAAAUAUGUACAUGCCUUUUGGAAGUGCCACCAUGGGAUACCCCAUUGCACACUCCAGUAACGAAAUGAGACGCUUCGGAAGCGGAGAGACCCAUUUUGAUGAGGAGAAAAAGAGCAGCUGUAUGUAUAACAUGGUUGGUAGCGUAGGUGGUGUAAGCAUUGGCCAUCUGUUACCCAUGUCAUCCCAUUUUAAUCACUCCAGUGAUGUAAUCCAUGGGAUUGAAAGUCAUAAAGAAUUGAGUAGCAAUACCUUGCCUCACAUGAUGAUGGUGGAGAAAUCGACUGUAGAAGGGACAUCUUCCUUUAAAUCAUCCGCCUCGCACAUUUCGUCCUCCUCGUCAUGCUAUAGAAAUAUGGAAAUGUAUUUAUCCUCCAAUGGGCCUUUCCAUGACAUGGGGGACUCGCACCGAUGGAGGAAAGGAGACGCAGCGGAGGAAGCGGUGGCAGCGGAGGAAGCGGAGGCAGCGGACGCAGCAGGCAUAGCAGACAUAGCACACGCAGAAGACGUAGCACAGGCAGCAGAGGACGCACGUGCUUCCGAUUACAAUGAUAAGAGGGGUAAUUAUUUUACGACGAACCUGGAGGGAAAAAAGAGAGAGGCGCCAACAACCAUUCAGGGGGGUCACGAAGAUAAGGUCAGUAUCAGCAGGGCCAAUUUGAUGGCAAACAGGGGUGAUGCCAAUAGUGACAGGUGCUACCUGCAUGAGGGUAGAGGACCAUCUAGAGUGAAAGAACAACCCGAGGAGGGGGAGGAGGAAGAGGAAGAAAAAGAAGAAGCUGAUGAUGGUGAUGAUGACGACGCCGAAGACGAAGACGAAGCAGUUAACCCCCAUAAGUACGCUCCAAGAGGGAGAGGCAUAGCCCCGAAUGUGGACCCGUCGAUGGAAAGACACAUAAUUGGACAUGCAGUUAGUAAUAUAAUGCCAAACGAGGAGAACAUCCACAAGGGGAUAACCCAUUUGAACUCUGCUGAUGGUUUGCCUCAGGUCGAGGGCGACGACGCAGGAAGAAGCGUAUGUCCCCACGAUGUAGUCAGGAGCACAGUGGAUGGAGACCAGAAAGAAGCACAGAUCGAGAAUGACGGCAGCAAAUUGGAAGAUAUACUUAACAUAAACAAGUACAGCGAGAUAGUGAACAGACUGGAUAAUUACAACCUCAUCAGUAGAAUGAGCCAGGUGGGUGUAAAAGUGGAGAGGGGGGUGAUUCCCUUGGGGGGGCUAAAUUUCAAGAGGGAGAACACGGAGGGCGCGAGUAAGGACAGCAUCAGGGAGGGGGAAGCUAACCAGGGGGGGGAAGCUAAUCAGGGGGAGGAAGCAAACCAGGGGGAGGAAGGCACCAUGGGAGAGGAAGGCAUGAUGGGAGAGGAAGGCACCGUGGGAGAAGUUCCCAGCGGGGGAGUCGCCCCGAACGCUGAUAUUAUCCGCCAGGGAGAAGUCUGCAACGGGGGAGAUCUCCCCCAGGAGAACAACCCAGACGACAUAAACUCCAGAAUAGUGGGAGUGCAUUAUGACAGAAAGCAGUACAGGUGGAAGGCCACAUGGUAUACGUCACACGGAAGGAGAUGUGCAAAGUACUACCCCAUAAAACAGUACGGUUACUUGGAAGCGAAGAAAAUGGCCAUAGAAUGUAGAAGGGCAUACAACGCGUACAAGAAAUUAAAGAAGGGUCCAGAAAAUGGAACUGAAGAAGGUGAGUUAAACUUUGAUAGCAUAAUUUUUCCCAAGGAGUACUAUAUAACUCUAUUUGAAAAUGAUGAGAAAAAAGAUGGGUAUUUUUGGAACCCGAAAAAGAAUAAGAAGACGGGGAAGAAGAACCCGUUUUUGGACAAUAAUGAGAAGCAGAGAAGGCACUACAAUGAGGCGUUGAAAAAAAUUACCAAUAUCAAGUAUAAAGACCUUUCUCAAUUGGAUGAAUUUAUUGUGAGGAAGAAUGACGGCGAAGCGUCUACUUAUGCAUCCAUGGCGAUGGGGAUGGACCCUUCCGAGAGUUCCCAUGUGUUGUUCGCGCCGGCACAGCAUCAGCAGCUGGAGGAGGAGGACUACUCCGGGGCGCAGUUGGAAACAGCGGGAAUGGGGGCAUACCAAAGUGGAACCCGCCACAGUGGAUCAUACAAGGGUGGAUCGUUCAAGGCGGCACCACCACCACCCCUUGCAAUGACAACCCCAACUGCAGAUUCCACGGCCCCCGGCGCCGUGAGAACUGUUGACAAUGCCACCCCUCCCAUCCUGGAGAAUGAACAAAACGAAGAAUGGAGCACCCUACAAGGAGUAUACAAUCAGGGGGGAAUUUUCCAAGACAACUGCUGUAAUGUGAUGAAUGGGGAAGGACAACAUAUGACAUCAAACGAAUGUUCAGCGAACGUGGCGUCGAAUGCUUGUCCUGUACACGUCCCUGCAAAUUCAUGCUCAGCGCAAAACGUGUCAUCCCUUCUUUCGUUGUACUACCUCUCCGAAAAUAUCCUCAAAUUUCAGAAGGGAACCAUCAAAUGUAUUCUACAAGACCUGAGAGAUAAUUGCCUAUCCAAUCUGGCAUACGAUAUUAAAAAUAUAACCUUUCAGGAGUAUUAUAUGGCCAUUCAUUACCUGAACAGAUAUGUGGAGGACUCCAAUUGCUACGAUGACAUUUUUUUUCUGUUGAAGAUUUUGGCCAAAAAUUUGGAAAUUCGAAAAAUUCCUAGCUUGUACAAUGAGGAGGAGCAGAAGGAGUUGCUAAAUUCGUUGACCGUUAUUACCAAGCAGAUGAAGAGUGGCUACUCGUACUUCACCCCCGACACUGUGAAGAGUGCCAGUGAGGGGGGGGAGGCGGCACCUGGGAUGACGCCGUCCGACCGGUUUUCCUCCGUCAUAUUUCAGUAG